CUUCCCCCACUUUCACAACUCUUGGUCCUUUGGGACACAUAUCAUUUCCCCUUUUUCAUAUCAGUCCAUCUGAUAUUGCAUCGAGUGGAAAGUUAUCGCGGUUAGCGAAUUUCCGUCAUGCCCAAGAAUAAGGGAAAGGGCGGUAAGAACCGUCGUCGUGGAAAGAACGAGAACGACAACGAGAAGCGUGAACUCGUGUUCAAGGAAGAAGGCCAGGAGUAUGCCCAGGUUGUGAAGAUGCUUGGUAACGGCCGUCUCGAGGCGCUGUGCUUCGACGGCGAGAAGCGUCUGGCGCACAUCCGUGGCAAGCUCAGGAAGAAGGUCUGGAUCAACCAGGGUGAUAUCAUCCUUCUCUCUCUCCGUGAUUAUCAGGACGAAAAGGGCGACGUUAUCAUGAAGUACACCGCCGAUGAGGCCAGAAGUCUUAAGGCCUACGGCGAGCUGCCCGAACACGCCAAGAUUAACGAGACCGAUACCUACGGCCACGAAGGCUUCGAGGACAACGUCGAGUUCGACGAGGACCGCGAGAGCGAAGACGAGAAGGAGAUCGAUGUCGACGAGCUCUAAAAACCCUCAUCCCUUUGGAUUCAGCCCUGCGAGAGCUACUGGGGAUCCUGUUCGCCGGCCCCUUUUUUCUCUUUCUCAAAGCCAAGCUAUUUCCUUCCUAGGAAACCCGACAGGCUUCCUUCUGUGAAGGGUCUUUCUUGCGUCAGGCAGGAGCCUGACGGUUGGUUUUAUCAUUAUGCCAUCUGUUUCCUGGGAAGGAGACCAGAAAGGACUAGGGGCUGCUGCCUUCCCGCUUCGCUUGGGGACCUACCACUGCCCCAGUGCUCCUUCCAAAAGUCAGGGUAUGAAUCAUGGGUAGGAAAUUCUUGGAGUUCUACAUGAUAAACUUGAUUGGCUUUUUGGCCAAAGGUCAUAUUUAUUAUGAGGGACAACCUCGGAUUUCCGCAGAGAAUUGGUUGCGACGCAUAUCAAAAGAGACCGACUGUACUCAGCGUGUUUCGUGUUGGCAAUUCUUUUGUCUGUUCCCUUUUGCUACUUCGUUCCUUUUAAUUCAAAACUUGGAUGAUAGAUUCAUGACAAGGUUACGAGAAUACAAAAAAGUCUGGACAUACACA